AGGACAGUAACUGGAAAGAAAGCAUUGUGCUGCACCAGGAUGUCUAUGAAAUGGACUUCAGUUCUUCUGUUGAUUCAUCUGAGCUGUUACUUUAGCUCUGGAAGUUGUGGGAAGGUGCUGGUGUGGCCCACAGAAUAUAGCCAUUGGUUGAAUAUGAAGACAAUCCUGGAUGAACUCGUUCAGAGAGGUCAUGAGGUGACUGUACUGGCAUCUUCGGCUUCCAUUCUUGUUGAUCCCAAUAAAACUUCUGCUAUUAAAUUUGAGGUUUAUCCUACGUCUUUAACUAAAGAUGAUUUUGAGAGUAUUUUUGUGACACUAAUCAACAGGUGGCUGUAUGAUCUUCCAAAAUAUACAUUUUUGUCAUAUUUUUCACAAGCUCAAGAAAUCUUUUGGGAAUUUACUGACUAUAUUAGAAAUCUCUGUAAAGAUGUUGUUUUGAACAAGACACUUAUGACUAAACUGCAAGAAUCAAGGUUUGACAUCGUUCUUGCUGAUGCUCUUUGUCCCUGCGGUGAGCUGCUGGCUGAGCUACUGAAAAUACCCUUUGUGUACAGUCUCCGCUUCUCUCCUGGUUAUGCAUUUGAGAAGUAUGGUGGAGGACUUCUACUCCCUCCUUCCUAUGUACCUGUUGUUAUGUCAGAAUUAAGUGAUCAAAUGACAUUCAUGGAGAGGAUAAAAAAUAUGAUAUAUGUGCUUUAUUUCGACUUUUGGCUCCAAGCAGUUGAUAUGAAGAAAUGGGAUCAGUUUUACAGUGAAGUACUGGGAAGACCCACUUCCUUAUUGGAGACAAUGGGGAAAGCAGAAAUGUGGCUCAUUCGAACCUAUUGGGAUUUUACCUUUCCUCAUCCAUUCCUACCAAAUUUUGAUUUUGUUGGGGGACUCCACUGCAAACCUGCCAAACCUCUGCUGAAGGAAAUGGAAGACUUUGUCCAGAGUUCUGGAGAAAAUGGUGUUGUGGUGUUUUCUCUGGGGUCAAUGGUCAGUAGCCUCACAGAAGAAAGGACCAAUGUGAUUGCUUCAGCCCUUGCCCAAGUCCCACAAAAGGUUAUAUGGAGAUUUGAUGGCAAAAAACCACACACUUUAGGACCCAAUACUCGGCUGUACAAAUGGAUACCCCAGAAUGACCUUCUUGGUCAUCCAAAAACCAAAGCUUUUAUAACUCAUGGUGGAACCAAUGACAUCUAUGAGGCGAUCUAUCAUGGUGUCCCUAUGGUGGGCAUUCCCCUGUUUGCCGAUCAACUUGAUAACAUUGCUCACAUGAAGGCCAAGGGAGCAGCUGUUAAAGUGGACUGGAUCACUAUGUCAAGUACAGAUUUGUCCGGUGCAUUGAAGACAGUCAUCGAUAACCCUAUAUAUAAAGAGAAUGUUAUGAAAUUAUCAAGAAUUCAUCACAAUCAGCCAGUAAAGCCCCUGGAUCGAGCAGUGUUCUGGAUCGAGUUUGUCAUGCGCCACAAAGGAGCCAGACACCUGCGGGUUGCAGCCCACGACCUCACCUGGUUCCAGUACCACUCUUUGGAUGUAAUUGGUUUCCUGUUGGCCUGUGUGGUUACUGUGAUAUUCAUCAUCACAAAAUGUUGCCUGUUUUGUUUCCGGAAGUAUGCUAAACCAGGAAAGAAGGGGAAAAGAGAUUAGUUGUAUCAAAGGCCUGAAGCUGAGAGACCUGAUAGAUGAAACUUCUCCAAUUUCUUCCAGCAGGAAGAGGUUAUAUGAUGUUAGAUUCUCU